AUUUCCGAAACCUACCUACAUCCUCGAGGACUAUUUCUUCCCUCUAUUUUCCUUUGUUUGCAGGCUUUUGCAACCCCGGUCGCAUCAAUCACCCGCUACGUGUCGUCGAGCUUCACGACUGAAGCACUAUCCAUAACAACGUCCACCACCGCACUCAGCAUCUUUUAUCUCCAAGUCCAGCUUAUCAACAACCAUGUCGUCAUCGGUACCGCCACCCACGGUCGAUGCGCCUGACGAGCAGCAGAGCGAUACCUCCAAGUUGCGAACAUUUCUGGGUAUCUUGAAGAAAUUCAUCGGCGUUUCGGACCUUGCAGCAGUUAGAUUCUCGCUGCCGUCGCAGUUGCUCGAGCCCACCCCGAACCUGGAAUACUGGACCUACAUCGAUGCCCCUAAUGCCUUCGUUGCCAUGGGCACCUCCGACGAGCCUCUUGAUCGCAUGCUCGAGGUCGUGCGUUUCUGGUUGACCAAGGAUCUGAAGUACGCCAAGGGAAGACCAUGCAAGCCUUACAACUCAUGCCUUGGUGAAUUCUUUAGGUGCAAUUGGGAAACUGAAGACAACGCCCCGAAAAUCGACACAUCCAACCUCAAACAAGAGAAAGGCAGCACCAAGGGCGGACUUUCUGCCUUGAAGGCAUCAGCUAAGAGCAGCAAGAACAACUCAAACCUCUCGCUUUCUGUGCCUCAACAUGGCACCACGACGGACGAGAAGCUCGUCCGUGUUUCGUAUCUCACCGAACAGACAUCGCAUCACCCUCCUGUGAGCGCUUUCAACGUCACCUGCCCUGAAAAGGGCAUCACUGCCCGAGGCUUCGACCAGAUCACCGCCAAGUUCACAGGUACCUCUGUCAAGGUCCUCCCUGGUGAACACAACAUGGGUAUCUUUAUCACCCUUGAAAAGCGCGAUGGUGAGACCUACCAGCUUACCCACCCUGCGGCGCAUUUGGGCGGCCUGCUCCGUGGGGCUUUGAGCGUCUCAGUCAGCGAGUUCGCUUACAUCACUUGCCCCAAGACCAAGAUCAAGGCUAUUCUGCACUAUGUGGAGGAAGGUUGGCUGGGACGCACAACCAACAAGAUCGACGGUGUCAUCUUCAAGUACGACCCCGAGAACGAUGACAAGUCACGGGUACAGGAUGUUCCUGAAGAUGAUGUUCUCGCUCGACUGAGUGGGCCAUGGAAGGAAAGGGUCGUUUUCACUCUCGGCCCCAGACCUGUUAAAUCCGUCCCUGUCGAGGAGCAGUUUGUUAUCAUUGAUAUUACACCCCUUAACGUUGCACCAAAGAUCGUUCCUCCCAAAGAGAAGCAGCUACCCAACGAGUCCUUGACCCUUUGGGGUGGCGUCACAGAUGCUAUCCACGCCAAACAAUUCAGCAAGGCCACGCAGGUGAAGGUCGAGCUGGAAGAAGCUCAACGCGAGAAGGCCCGCCAACGUGAGGCCAACAAGGAGACAUGGCAACCUGUGUUCUUCAAGCAUGUCACGGGUAACGACGGCAAGCCCGACCUGACCGACAAGGGUCGGGAGGUCCUCGACAGAGCCCAGAAGGGUGAGUGGUCGCUCGAGGGCGUUAUGUAAAACAGCCCUUUGCCCCAGGUAUUUUUCUAGGUUUGAAUUGUAUUGUGGUUUAGAGGCGGACUUGGUCUGCAAACAUGAACGACCGAAAGAGAAUUCGAAAGGUUCAAUCGUUUGAAUUUUUAUACGAAGUUGGUUUCCUUUGGACUUUCUCCGUGUCAGAAUGACACUACUGGGAUAGAGUUUUAUUGCGCCAGAGAGUUGCACGGGGGUGGCCUUUGUGUCAGAGUUUGAUAGACCCCGAUAGUGGAUGCAUGGCGGGCUUGCGCACUCGUUACUUGGAGUUGUGGGAGUUUUUGAGUCUUGGGAUUGUUGCUGAACUAGAUAGCAAGAUUCUCGUCACAAUUC